UUGUCACUAGACUGCUCUUCUUCCUUUAGCACUCCCCCCUUGCCAAUUGCAUCUACUAACGAUGAAUCCUGUGGACCAACAGUACGGCAACAGCGGCUACAACCAGCUCGACGGUCAAGGCGCCAACCCCUACGAGCAGUGCGACAAUGACCCUCAGGGCGGGCGCUUCAACAACUAUGCACAGGGACGAUAUGACGACCCUGGUCUAGAGAUGCAGUCGUACGGACAGCCCGCAGGCGGCGCUGACCCCAACGCCAUCCUCAACCAAUGUCGAGAUGUUGACCGCGCACUCGACGAGCUCGAUGGCCAGCUCGACGAUCUGGAGCGCGUCUUCAGACAGGUGUUGGCGCGGCCAGACAUGCCCUCGGGCGAGAUCACAGGCCUCAGCUCCCAGAUCAUGACAGGCUACCGCGCCCUUGUCACGCGCGUCAAGAACAUCAAAUCGAAGCCCGAGUCUGGCAGCCCGAGGAAUGCGCCCCAGGUUGGGAAGGUAGACCGCAGGCUCAAGACGACCAUCAACAGAUACCAGACCCUCGAGGCCGAGUUCAGGAAAGACUCGCAGGCCGCUGCCGAGCGCCAGUACCGUAUUGUGCGCCCCGAUGCCAGCGAGGAGGAAGUGCGAGAGGCAGUCGCAGAUCCAGAAGCGCCCAUCUUCCAGCAAGCUCUCCUCAACUCUGACCGCCGCGGCCAAGCCUCAUCCAGUCUCCGCAACGUCAAGGAACGCCAUGAAGCUAUCCAGAACAUCGAGCGCCAGAUGGUCGAGCUUGCUCAACUGUUCCAGGACCUCGACCAGAUCGUUCAGCAGCAGGAGCCGCUCGUCGCCCAUAUAGAGUCAAAGGGCGAGGAGAUCCACGAAAACGUCGUACAAGGCAACGUAGAGAUGGGUGGUGCCAUCGACAAGGCACGGAGCCGCAAUCGCAAGAAGUGGUGGUGCCUGCUUGUUGUCCUGCUCAUCAUCAUCGUCAUUGUUGUCAUUGCCGUCGUGGUGACCCAGAUCAACAAGAAGACUACUCCGUAGAGCGAAUCAAUCUGGACAGAGCGCUCAGGAGUUUUUGCCACACCUGGACCAGCAGUCUUGGAACUCGACUUUGGUGCUGAUCAUCUUCUUGGCUCAGGAUUUUACAUAUUCUCUGCGCACCCGCAUUCCUCAUAUUCACCAUUGACUCUUGUAUCUUUUAUAACAUUCAAGAUGGCCUUCUAUGCUGUACCGUAGUCCACAUUUCUUGUCCUUGUGCAUACUUUUCUACGCACCUCUCCCACCUCCAUUUCCUUCUUCUCGUUAGCAAAACUGUGACUGUCGUCGUCUUCUUUGUUUUCUGGCGCUUUGGGAUCACUUUCUUCUCACCGGGCGUCAGUCCCGCUUCACCAGAUGCUGCUGCUGGAAUGUGGCUUUUUGGCUGAAUUGCAUUGCAGUUUAUAUACUUUGUAGUUUGUGAGCUCUUCUCCUUCCAUAGGCAGAGACACAUAGGUAAUAGAAGAGAGGUGAUACUACUUGGAGUUCUGAUUU